CGAGUCGCCUAGGACUGGUCCCGCCUCCUCCAGGCGCCUCCCCGCUUCCGCCCCGUCUCCCGAGCAACGCGGCGGCUCCGCCCCGUCAUGGCGCCGGAGGAGAGCGUGGAAGCCUCGCGCCUGCUGCAGAGUUUCGAGCGCCGCUUCCUGGCGGCCCGCGCGCUUCGCUCCUUCCCCUGGCAGAGCCUAGAAGAGAAAUUAAGGGACUCCGGUUCUGAGCUGCUGCUGGAUAUUUUGCAGAAGACCGUGAAACAUCCUCUGUGCGUGAAGCAUCCACCGUCUGUGAAGUAUGUCCGGUGCUUUCUCUCAGAGCUCAUCAGAAAGCACGAAGCUGCUCAUGAAGAGCCUUUGGACGAGCUGUACGAGGCGUUGGCAGAGAUCCUGACAGCCGAGGAGCCCACUCAGUGCCACAGGAGCUAUCUGUUGCCUUCCGGGGACUCAGUCACACUCUCUGAGAGCUCAGCCAUCAUUUCCCAUGGCACCACCGGCCUGGUCACGUGGAAUGCCGCACUCUACCUUGCAGAAUGGGCCAUAGAGAACCCAGCGGCUUUCACUCACAGGACUGUCUUAGAGCUCGGCAGUGGAGCCGGUCUCACAGGCCUGGCCAUUUGCAAGAUGUGCCAUCCUAGAGCAUAUGUCUUCAGCGACUGUCACAGCCUUGUCCUCGAGCAGCUCCGAGGGAACAUCCUUCUAAAUGGCCUCCUGUUAGAGUCAGAUGCCACCGCCCCUGCGCAGCACCCAGGACACAACACCCACAACGCAGAGAGCCCCAGGGUGACGGUGGCACAGCUGGACUGGGACAUCGUGACGGCCCCUCAGCUCGCUGCCUUCCAGCCAGACGUCGUCAUCGCAGCAGAUGUGCUGUACUGCCCAGAAACUGUCCUCUCACUGGUCAGGGUCCUGCAGACACUCUCUGCUUGCCAGAAGGACAGGCAGGCUCCUGACGCCUACAUUGCCUUCACCGUCCGCAACCCAGAGACAUGCUGGCUGUUCACCACUGAGCUAGGCAAGGCUGGGAUCUCAUGGGAAGCGGCGCCUCGUCACAACCAGAAGCUAUUUCCCUACGAAGAGCACUCAGAGAUGGAAAUUCUGAAACUCAUGCUGUAGGUUUACAAAUGUUUGGGAAAAUUAAAUCACUUGGGAAAGAAUUUUUAUGUGGGAAAGCUGAUAAAACUUUCAUUGGACUUAAA